CUAGAUUCCAUCACGCGGCGUGGGUCUAGUAGAACUUAUUAUGGCUCCUGUCGUGCUAGGGUGUGGCUCAAGCCAUGCCGCAGCCUGCUGUGCCUCUGGAGCCGCAGCAACUGCACCUGUUCCACGUGACAGUCCCACUGUUGUUGCAUCCGUGAAAGGGUUAGGUUUUCAUCGGAGACCAGUCGAUGGAGAGACACCGCUUUCUGCGGUUAUCGGAGAAAGAAGAUCGGCGAUGUUUUCUAGGCGUCUCUCCCGUUCACUGCGUGUCUCCCAGUCACUGUCAGUACUAACGGCAGCAUCGCCACGUGGCAGCAGACGAGUGACCAGAGCCAUGGCCGGCACCUCGCCAGGCGGUAGCCAAUCAGAAGACCGCGAUGGAUCCGUCGUUUCCGAGCUGAGCCGCGUCUGCGUGGUGGGUUGCGGCGGGCUGUGCAUCGACUAUCUCGCCGCCGUCACCGCCUUCCCCCACCCAGACGACAAGAUCCGAAGCACCUCGUUGGAGGUGCAGGGCGGCGGCAAUGUGGGCAACACGCUCACAGCCAUCUCUCGCCUGGGGCUCUCCACUCGCAUAUUCACCAAGCUGGCGGACGACCUGCUGGGCAAGGCCAUGAUAGCAGAGCUGCAGGCGGAUGGCGUCGAUACCUCGCACGUCAUUGUUGGCAGCGGAGGCAUGUCUCCAUCCACGUACAUAAUUGUCGACCAACAGACCAACACGCGCACGUGCAUCCAUACGCCUGGCGCCCCUGCGCUGCACCCGUCCGAGCUGUCAGCUGCUGCAAUCGCCUCCCUGCUGUCCGGUGCCACCUUGGCCUACUUUGACGGCCGGCUGGCCGACACCACCAUCAAGAUAUGCCAGCAGGCAGUGGCGCUGGGUCUGCCCGUGCUGGUGGAUGCGGAGAAGCCGCGAGACGGGUUGGACGAGCUGCUGGCCCAUGCCACCUAUGUCGUUGUCUCCGAGAAGUUCCCCCAGGCGUGGACGGGGGAGGGAACACUGGGAGCAGCGCUGCUGGCCAUGGCAGGGCGCCUGCCCAAGGCACGCUUCAUUAUAGUCACACGUGGGGCAGCCGGGUGUGCCAUGCUGGACCGACGGGUGGCUGCAGCCCCGGACACUCCCAGUGAGGAUGUGGAUGAGGCACUGCAACAGGUGUUCAGGGGCGUGGAGGAGAAGGGGAGGGCACAUGGCAACCCUGCUGUGCUGGCGUCUCAGCCUCUGCUCCUCAAAGCAUCAGCUCAGGGGAUGGACAUCGCCGCCCAGCUGGUGGCCGCGACAGCUGUGCCGUUGGAGGCAGAGCACGUGGUGGAUACCACGGGUGCUGGUGAUGCCUUCAUUGGCGCCGUACUCUAUGCCAUCUCUGCGGGCUUCGCUGUGGAUCGCAUGCUCACACUUGGUGCCAUUGUUGCUGCAGCAAAAUGCCAAGCCCUUGGAGCGCGUCCAGGACUACCCCGUCGUGACGACCCUCGUGUUGCUCACCUUCUGGAGCCUCAGCCUUCCACUGCCACGGUGUUAUGAUGAUAGUUACCUGACAAAAACAUGCCGUGUUUUCAUCAUUAGUUUUCAUCUUGCACCAAAAGCUAGUGUAUACUGGGCUCGUCCAAUCAGACACCUGACACCGAGCUUUGGGGAUCCUGAGGCCGCCCAUCCAAUAACCGAGGUGCUCUCUUGCUGACGGGGGCACCUUCUAACAAAGUAAGAAACUGAAUGAAUGAGUAGGGAGAGAGUACAAGUGAAUAUACCUAGUAAGUGUUGUACCCUCUAAGAGGUGACCCUAUACAGU